AGGAAAACUGGGGUCCCAGACAGGACCCUAAUGAUCCUGAAUCCAUGGAUCAGGAUCCAUCCUCUCCUUACACCCUUCCUGGACACAGUCUCACCUCUCAUUUUCCAAAGCCCUGCCAUGCUGCCAUCCAGCUUCCCCAUACUCCACCCCGGGAUCCCUUUUCCUAAAGCUGCAGCUUAUGGUUACUCCAGUAGGUGGCAGCACACACAGAGCCACUCACAUAAAAUGCAGCUUCUCAGAGUCUGAGAGCCAGAAACCAUCCCCAGAAAUUCUCUCAUAGAAAUAAAAAAACACCAGAGGUCACGUUUCAUCCUUUUACAUGGUUCCCAUCUACCCUCACAACACAUGUCAUCACCAAAGGCACACAUACAAGCUCCAGUGGCUUUUGCCAGGCAAUUCUUCCUCCAGGACCCCAUCUGGCCCCUCCCUCAUCCCUCCCCUUGGACUUUGCCCUUCUUACUGGUCAGGCAGGGGGGCCAGAGUCCAGGCUUGACUCAUUCCCACGUUGCCCUGGGCUGAGAUCCCAGGUUUGUAACAGAAAACACCACUAAAGCCCCAGCACAGGAGAGAACCACCCAGCCCAGAAGUUCCAGGGAAGGAACUCUCCCAUCCACCAUGGAGUACCUCUCAGCUCUGAACCCCAGUGACCUACUCAGGUCAGUAUCUAAUAUAAGCUCGGAGUUUGGACGGAGGGUCUGGACCUCAGCUUCACCACCCCAGCGACCUUUCCGUGUCUGUAAUCACAAGCGGACCAUCCGGAAAGGCCUGACAGCUGCCACCCGCCAGGAGCUGCUAGCCAAAGCAUUGGAGACCCUACUGCUGAAUGGAGUGCUAACCCUGGUGCUAGAGGAGGAUGGAACUGCAGUGGACAGUGAGGACUUCUUCCAGCUGCUGGAGGAUGACACGUGCCUGAUGGUGUUGGGGUCUGGUCAGAGCUGGAGCCCCGCAAGGAGUGGAGUGCUGUCAUAUGGCCUGGGACGGGAGAGGCCCAAGCACAGCAAGGACAUCGCCCGCAUCACCUUUGACGUGUACAAGCAAAACCCUCGAGACCUCUUUGGCAGCCUGAAUGUCAAAGCCACAUUCUACGGGCUCUACUCUAUGAGUUGUGACUUUCAAGGACUCGGCCCAAAGAAAGUACUCAGGGAGCUCCUUCGUUGGACCUCCACACUGCUGCAAGGCCUGGGCCAUAUGUUGCUGGGAAUUUCCUCUACCCUUCGUCAUGUAGUGGAGGGGGCUGAGCAGUGGCAGCAAAAGGGCCGCCUCCAUUCCUACUAAGAAGGGGCUCUGAGCUUCUGCCCCCAGAAUCAUUCCAAGAGACACACUGCAAAGACUAUGACAGCAUCAAAUUUCAGGACCUGCAGACAGUACAGGCUAGAUAACUCACCCAAUUUCCCCAUUGUCCUCUGAUCCGCUUGUCAGAGAACCUUUCAGCAUAAUGCCUCACAUCCCAAGUUCUAUACCCUUACCUGAAGAAUGCUGUCCCUUCCUAGCCACCUUUCUGGCCUCCCACUUGCCCUGAAAGGCCACAAGCCUGUCCCCCAGGCAUCUUGAUCCCAGCCUGAUUGCUGCUACAUCUAACCCCUACCAAUGCCUCCUGUCCCUAAACUCCCCAGCACACUGAUGACAGCCCUCUGACUUUACCCUGAGAUGUCUUCAUAUCCUUCACCACAAAGUAACAAAAACAUUUCCAAUAAAAAUAUAAAAUAUUUACCACUA